AUGAAGACUUCUGUAUUCAUCGGUCUCCUGACUGCCGCCGCCACUGCUAGUGCAGGUCCACUAAGAGCGAGGAACGAUCAAGUCGAUAUCACAUUCAUUGGUGCAGCCGAUGCCCAAUUCACCCGAAGCUUCCCAAGUGACGGCAGUGUCGUCUCCAUUGGUGACCCACUGAGCAUCUCGCACAUCUCAUCCAACACAGCUGGAAUCCAAUGCACCUUCAACGGUAUUGAUCACAGUGUGACAACCGUCACCGGAGCCGAGCUGGUCGAUGUCGGCCCUCCUCAGACCCAGCUCUCUGGAUCUUGCCACCCGGUGGGCAUGAAGCGUCGCAAUGACAAUGUCCAUGUCUCCUUUAUCGGCGCUGCCGACGGUAAAUUUACUCAGGACUUCCCUAUCAACGGUGGAUGGGUUCAAAUCACUGAUCCUCUGAGUAUCUCCCACAUUGUCUCCGAUCAAGAUGGCAUUACCUGUACUUUCAAUGGCAUUGACCACAGUGUUACUACCAUUAGUGGUACACAACUGGUUGAUGUUGGACCCCCUCAGACGCAGAUCUCUGGUUCCUGCUGGAUGUGA